AUGGAUUGGUCCCAAGCCACAAUUCCUAUUGGGAAGCAGCGAGUCAUCCUACAGCCUGAACCAAAGUCCAAAUUCACUGUUUUCCCAUCUGAUGACCCUAAGGCCCAUAUUUUGUAUCAUGAUUGUCAAUUUGGGAACUACAUGAUUUUGUCUAAUAGUGAGGUGGAGGGGGAUUCAUCUCAAAAUGAGGGAAAAGAAAUCCUGUGGCUAAUGGAGUUCGAUGACAGUUGUGUAGCGUCAGGUUCUGGUGCAGGGGUAGUGUUAAUACCACCUUCCAGCAACGCUAUUCCUUUUUCCUUCAAGCUAGAGUUCAAAAAUACCAACAAUACGGCUGAGUAUGAGGCCUUGUUGUUAGGCUUAGCCGAAGCUAAGAGAUUGGGAUUGAAGCUCCUACGGGUUAAAGGAGAUGUUGAACUUAUUAUAAAGUAG